UUUGCCCAGAGGUUUUUCUCUAAAGAAUCACCCGGAAAGGAGGAGAUGGAGGCCACAGAGCAAGACGAAGUGGAGAACAUUUCUCCGGCCACCACGGAAGAAGACACAGAGGACUCAGAAUCAGAAGCUCCACCAGUUGUGCGGAGGAAAGUCUCAUUCGCCGAUGCCUUUGGGUUGGAUCUGGUAUCCGUGAAGGAGUUUGAGAACAUUGAGGCGAGCCAGUCAGAGGCGCAGAGGCAGGCGGCACCUGCAGUGGAGGAGUUCUACAUGUCAUGUGUCUUCACGGUUCCCUCAAGUCCAGAGGAGCUGUAUCAGAAGCUGGAGGCCCAGAUGGUUGAGCUGGAGAGCCUUGAGCUGCUCCCUGGUACCACCACACUGCGAGGUAUCAUCCGAGUUGUCAACCUUUGCUACAGUAAAUCAGUCUUCGCCCGUGUGACCCUGGACGACUGGAGCAGCUACUUUGACCUGCCAGCGGACUACGUGCCAGGCUCUAGUGAUCGCAAGACAGAUCGUUUCACCUUCAGCUACACUCUGGCACCUCCGUUCCAGAGAGGAGGAACCAGGGUGGAGUUCUGCCUGCGGUAUGAGACGUCUGCCGGAACCUUCUGGGCCAACAACAACGGCAUGAACUACGUGAUAUUCUGCCAUCAGAGGGGGGCAGUGAGGGAGGGGCAAGAGAACAGUGGUGGUGAGCCAAACAAGAAGAGCUGCCUGAAAGCGAACAGGAAAAGAGGCACUGAAGGCAGAAGUUGGAGCAGUGCUUUUGAGGGGACGACAGAAGACUCGACACUACACCUGAAAGAUCAGAGGACCUUGGUGGAACUCAGGAAAAGACGUCAGAGAGCAGCACGACUGGCACACGUGAAGGACAUGCUGUCUGAGAAGAAAGGAGAAAAGAAAUGUGACCUGAGAGCCCUGCGGAGUCAGAGCAAAGUGGACAAGCCUUCAGAGAUUCUGACGUACCAUCAGAUUCCUCUGCUCACACUGGAGUGGGGAGAUGAAGCCAAGCACUGGGAUGUUUCUAAAUCGGCCGCUAUCAUAGCAGAACAGUCAAAAGUGGCUAUGAAUGACACACAGUUGGAGCAUGAUCAGAAGGGAAGAAAUGCCAGUGAGGAAACACCAGUGUGUGACGUGUGGCGGGCCUUCCUAAACAGGCCUAGUGAUGGGGACGAGUCGAUUACUCGAGAGUCUGAAUGGCUGCAGUUGGCUACAUCUGUUACUCCUUUGAAAAAGUCGGUUAUCAGUCAACAGCUCAAGACUGAUGAUGUUGCUUUCGAAGGAGAAAACUCAUCAACAAACUCCAAAGACUUCCUUCUGGUCGAACCAAAUACAGGAUCUCUAUCUGGAGAAAUGUCAGAGCAAGGAAAUACACAUGAAGGUUCAUUUGAGAACAUGAAGUUAGGAAACCAAGCGCAGGAUAUCAGCGAAGCAAACAUUCUUGUAUCAAGUGAGAACGGUGUCACACCAGCUUCGACUCAGGUAGACCUUUCUUCAAAUGACAAGGCAAUUCAUGAAAUAUGUCCAAGCAACCUAUUUCUGCUGGAAAAGAAGGGGAUAGUCACGUACCAAGACGAGGCGAUAGCCGUCCCCCGACAGACAGACAAAUUCAAAACAGGUUCUACGAAUGAGAACCAACCUGCAGAAUUUAGGCCGAUACGAAAUAUCGAGGCAAAAAUUGAGUCAGAAGAAAACAGUCAAACGUCAACACACAAAGAAAGCGCACAGAGGGAAUCAGACUCAAAGGGCAGAUACCCAGCGGUGGAUAAACACUUGGACAUUAAACAAGUAGCUUUGCAAAGGGCCUAUUUUAAAACAAAGACGGCCACUGACGUAGGAGCUGAUGCUAUCCAGAGGAUAGAUGAGAAGCAGGGAGAUAGCUGGCUGAAAUGUGAAGUGGAUGACUCAAACAAGAGGUUAGGAGACUUUAACUGGAGUGGAGUCUGUCAAGAGGAGCAUGGCAGUCAUAAAUCCCAGUCUGAAUUGCUGGAAAAGCUCCGGGAGGUUAUGAGAGAGGAUAUGAGAGGUAGCACCAUGAUGUCAACAGACAUGAUACCCAAAACUUUGAAGGGAGCAGACACAAAUACCAGGAGCAAGGAUGAUACUUUCGGGAAAAUGAAAGUUGUGCGGGAGGAGAUAGGCUCGGUUGUCAGAGGUCCAUGUGAAACAGAAAUGAAAGAGAUCUUCACGGAAGCCAUAUCAGACAAGAUGCUUGUCGACAGAUUUGUAGAAAAUGUAAUCAAAGGGGUUUGGGAUGAGGUGUUCAGUGAGAAGGCCUUAGAGAAGGAACAGGUCCUCAAAUGUGAGGCCUUCAAGAGUCCUCCAGCAGAAAAACGCCUUUUUAAAUCAGCAGAGGUGCUUGAAAAGAGAUGGAGCCUUUCAGAAGAGGAAAUGAAGAGUCAGAAUGAGGGUGUCAGCAGAAAUGCAAGCGCAGGCCAUCAGCCUGAAAUAUUAGACACGAGUCGGGUGGUUAUCCAGACAGUGGCAGGAGAGGCGGAGGGGGUCCGGCCCCUCAGCGAGAGAAAGGACACACCAGUUCACACAAUAGUAGAGGACAUUGGGAGCUCUGAAAAACGAUCCCUCAAGCGUGGACCGGACUCCACAGACGCCGCACCGCAAGAGUCAUUCAUAGAACACUUUGUUGAAAUUCUCAUCAGAGGAAUCUGGGAGGAGGUUUUCAGUCAAAUGGCAACAAACUUAAAAAUGAUUGACAGAAAAGACACAGUCCUUCAUCACAGACAAGAACUCCGUCCUCUGAGAUGCAACGACAGCACGGUUGUUCAGGAGACAGACAGAAAUCUAUCAGCACCUGUCGUGAAUCAGAGCAGGGGGAAAAACGACAAAGACUCUGAGACGCAACAACACAUGACUGAUGAUCCAAACUGUAAACAGACUGAGUUGCAGUGUCUUCUGGAGGAGGAUUUAGUGGUAUUAACUGAAUCCGUUUUGUCCUGUCAGAUGAUAUCAUCCUCAAAUUGUGAUGAGUUUUCAAUGACUGACGAGAGGGUCACGAGCACAGGAGUGGAACCUGAUACAUUUCCCCAAAAAUUACAGUCGCACUUGAGUUUAAGAGCUCAUCUAAGUCAAGAUUUCAACACCUCUUUGGCUUCUCGGAGCAGAACGACAAGGAAUGUUGUUGGACGAGGUAGCGUGGUAACGGAUACGUCCCGUGGACUUCACGAUCAGUCCAGCUUCCAGCAAAUACCACACUCGGAGAGGGAUAAGUCCUUAACGACAAAUGAGGCAGGGGGUGACCCCAAACUGAGAGAGUUCAAGCCAAUUGAUUCUUUAAGUGACAGCCUCUUGGGAUUCAAUCCAGCCACUAAAACAUCCAGUUCAUAUGAAGACCACACAUUGUUUAAAGAAAGACCUAUUAACUUUCAAACUGACCUGGACUCCACUGAGUCACCCCCCCAUCAGUGCCCUCCCUCGAAGAGAUCCAAAGAGUGUGACGGCCUGGUGUGGUGGAGUGUCCUCUACAUCCUCAGUCACGUCACCAAACUUUUGACCACUGGUUUGUUUGUCGCAGCAUUCUUUGUCUUUGUCUUGAUCUAUGACUUCCCAGUGUUCUUUGCUCUCUAUGUUUUCUCAACCUGCUGGUGUCUCUACAAGUGGAGGGCAGGUACAAACUCAGCAGACAAGAGUAGGAGUUGAGAGAUGGUGGUUUGGGGAAGUUACCAUUGUGACUCAAAUCUUACCACUGCUUUGAGUCACACUUGUAGGGGUAAAGAGAGACAGUUUUGAGUCAAAGGCAUUUUCAUUGAGUGUUUAUUUGAGUGCUUCUAUGUGUGGAGGAAGUUAAACCUGGUCAACAGUCUGAGAAACUCCAGUCCGGAAGAUUCACUUUCUUCUUUUUAGCCAUAUGCAAUAUAUUCAUUCAGUGGGUUUGAUCCUCCCACUGCAAGUUACACGGACCAAAUCAAUGUGUAUUAUUUUUAUUUGAGAAUAUCCUUCUGCCCUUUCAUCCAACGCAGACCAACACAUCCAUGAGUCCAUGUCCCUUCCCAACUAGCAAUAUGUCACAAGUAUGCAAUCCAUUUAAAUAAAAUGGAUUUUAUGGCCCAUUUCCUAUCCAUAAAUUUGAGUCACAGUGAAUCAAUAAGUCACUCAGUUUAUCUAACUUAAGUCCCAACAACUAGAAUCAUAGGGACUCACUGAGACAUUGACUAUGCACUUGUGAAUUCUGAGGGGGAAACGGCCAGCUGUUCAGUGAUUUCCUGUAUGACUCUAUGUAGAAUCUCCCCAACAGUAGUCUGGAGGUUGUUUCAGGAUUGUCCGCCUGCUCCAGUGAAUACCGACGACAACAGCAACAA